UAUUGCCGGAACUGGCCAAUUAAAAUUGCGGAAAGGUGGAGAGGCGCUGUCAGCUGUUGUUUGUUUAUUGCGGAUGUGGAAAGUACUGUGAGCGGUGAGGUGCCCGGGCCACAGCUGAUGAUAUGGAUGCCGGAGGAGGAGCAGGGGCAGAUGGAGCGGAGGUCUGCUGUCUGUCCUACAACCAGGACUGCACGUCAUUGGCCAUUGGGAUGAAAACUGGUUACAAGCUCUUCUCUCUGUCCUCUGUGGAGCAGCUGGACCUCGUCCAUGAAAGCUAUGAGCUCUCUGAUGUUUACAUCGUGGAACGGCUCUUCUCCAGCAGUUUGGUUGUGGUUGUCAGUAACUCCAAACCACGGCAGAUGAACGUAUUCCACUUUAAGAAAGGCACCGAAAUCUGCAACUACAAUUACUCCGGCAACAUCCUGUCCAUCAGACUGAACCGGCAGAGAUUGGUGGUUUGUUUAGAAGAGUCCAUUUAUAUACAUAAUAUAAAAGACAUGAAGCUACUCAGAACUCUGCUGGACACUCCUCGAAACACAUCUGGUCUUUGUGCACUUUCUAUAAACCAUUCCAACUCCUACCUAGCGUAUCCGGGCAGCGCAUCCAUGGGUGAGAUCAUGGUCUAUGAUGCUAAUGUAUUGAAAACAGUAUGCACAAUCCAAGCCCAUGAUGGCUCACUCGCUGCUAUCGCCUUCAAUUCUACAGGAACAAAACUGGCCAGUGCUUCAGAAAAAGGUACUGUGAUUCGAGUGUUCUCCAUCCCAGAGGGGCAGAGACUCUGUGAGUUUAGGAGAGGAAUGAAGAGGUACGUCAGUAUCAGUUCCUUGGUGUUCAGUAUAGACUCCCAGUUCCUAUGCGUAUCCAGUAACACAGAGACUGUGCACAUCUUCAAACUGGAGCAUUUAUCAGAAAGAUCAGAGGAGAACUCAUCCUGGAGCGGCUACAUGGGCAAGAUGUUCAUGGCAGCUUCAAACUACCUCCCAGCCCAGGUGUCGGACAUCAUGAACCAAGACCGGGCAUUUGCAACUGUACGGCUCAAUUUCUCCGGGCACAAGAAUGCUUGCACUCUGGUGACAAUACAGAAACUUCCACGCCUUCUAGUCACCUCAUCCAGUGGCCAUCUCUAUAUCUACAACCUGGACCCACAGGAUGGGGGCGAGUGCGUCCUAAUAAAAAAACACAGCCUCCUUGGUUCAGAAAAGUCAGACACAGACAGAGAGGUUGAAGCAGAGUGUCCAGCACCUGUGUCUUACGCUGCCACCGUGGCCAGGCCAAGCAAUGUGCCCUCGUCAUCCACCAUGACGGGGUACUCAGAAGAUGGUGGGGCCCUGCGGGGAGAGCUUCUUCCAGAACAUGAGUUUGCUGUGGGACCAGUCUGCCUCGACGACGAAAAAGAGUUUCCUCCAGUAAACUGCUUUUUAUUUUACAUGGAAAUGUUUUAAUGAAGAGCUGCAAGAGUCCUGCAGAGAGCAGUGUUCCUCAUUCCUGUGCGGGAUGACGUGAUGUGCUGAGAAGCAUCAUUAAUCCACUGUAUUACACCCAGAUAAUGGAUAGUGUUAUGUGAAGUCCUAUAAUCUUCCUGUCUUGAAAAUGACAUUUUAUAUUGCCUUAUCUGAACCACCCACAUCCACUUGUCAUCCUGGAGCUGGCACUAGAUACUGGGUGGGAUUUGGAGUUAUGUAUAACAAGUCACUGUGACUGUAUGAAAUCUGUGGACUCGUGUGUUGUCUGAUGUUUGCAGAUUAUACAAUUAUGGCAAAUAGCUAUGUUAUGUAUAAAUUCAUAUCCUUUUUAUUUCCUGCUCCCCCCUUCUCUCUAUUACGUGGCUUUGUAUAUUCUUAUACUCACCAGCUGUAUUUAAUGCUUUUCAGCUGCUAUAGAGCUACAGCAUCCCGCAUGUUCUAGCAAGCUGGGGCUUGUAGUUACGCAGUACCUAGUGAGGAAAAGGUCACCAACGCCUGUGUCACAGAGACCACACUAGGAAUAGGGACACCUAGAGGCAGUAAGAACUUACUGCAGAUACGGAGAGAAAAUGUACAGAUUUUUGUGCAAUUAUGAAACGAUUUGUCUUCCCUCGUUUUGUAUUCAGCUGGUAGGGCUCAUCAGUAUUUCAUUAUAUAAACGUAACCGUUGAACAUUUGAGUGGAAUUAAAUAGAAAUAAUGGAAAUACAGCUAGCAAUAAGCCAUGUAAGAGAAUUUGUUCAUAUGUUUUAAUAUAAAGCGCCUCCAUACAGUAUUAUUUCCUGAGUUGACUGCCAUGGUGAUAUUUUUGAUAAUAGUCAGUACAGUGUUCUAUACAGGAUGUUGGAAAUAUGGCAACAGUCAUCCAGCAACUUCUGACAAUAAAUAGAACUAUCUGACAUUUACAAUUAAGUUAGUGUUUACUAAAUAGUAAGUUUUUAAAACCUGACUCUUAUCUGCAUUUUUACCCGCAGAAUGUAAAACUGCAAUACUAUUAAUAGCAAAAGGCAACUGGUUUUGCCCUUAAUAGUAUUACUAUAAUUCUGUUGGCAAAAACUCUGGUUAGCGCUGGCAUUGGAAAGCUACUGGUUUAUAAAUACCAACAUAUCACAGUAUUUGCAGAAUUUAGUUCCACUUUAAGAUGCUCUUUUCCUCCCUCUGCGUUUGCGGUGUUGGGUGUAAAUGUAGUAGCCUGUGAACUGCCGACAGCGCCAGGUUCCAUACGGGUCUGCCUGAUAUUUUAAAAUAGCAAUCAUUAAAAAGACCAAAUCUGUUUAAUAAUUGCUAUUUAAAAAUAAUGUGCCGGAACACACCAAUGCAUGCAGUUUGUAGGCUAUUACAUUACACCUUAGUCUGAGAAGUAAAUAAUAAUGAGGUUUUCUGUAACAGAAACUGAGGGAAUUGCCAUACACCAAUCUGCCAUAGUAUUAAAAAACCAUUGACAGGUGAAGUGAAUAACAUUGAUUAUCUCGUUAUAACUGCACCUAUCAAGGGGUGGGAUAUAUUAAGUAUCAAGUGAACACUCCGUUCUUGAAAUUGGUGAUGCAUUGGGAGCAGGAAAAAUGGGCAAGCAUAAGGAACUGAGUGACUUUGACAAGGGCCAAAUUGUGAUGGUGAGAUGACUGGGUCCGCCAAAUUGUGAUGGCGAGAUGACUGGGUCAGAGCAUUCCCAAAAUGGCAGGUCUUGUGGGGUGUUACCAGUAUGCAGUGGUUAGAGCUUAUUUAGCAUGAAUUUCUGGAAAAGUUAAUGCUGGAUAUGAUAGAGAUGUCAGAACACUCAGUGCAUCGCAGCUGGCUGCAUAGCCACAGACUGGGCAAAGUACGCGAGCGGAUGGCUGUUUUGGUGCCAGAUACCACAAGACACCUUAAGAGGUCUUGCAGAGUCCAUGCCUUGGUGGGUUCAGAGCUGUUUUGGUAGCAUGGGGAGACCUACACAAAAGUAGGCAGGUGAUUUUAAUGUUAUGGCUGGACCAAACUGGUACGACCUGUAGACGAGACAAACCCUUUGAGGAUAGAAUAUAUUUAGUUGUCCUUCAUAUACAUAUUUGUGUCUAUUGUCAGAAUACUUUUUUGUAAUGUAUUUUAUAAGUAUUAGUCCAGUAGUCAGUGCUUUAUUUAAGCUGCAAUGUUUCACACUCACUGAUACUUGUUUACUAGCUGUGUUGCAUGGCCGUAACAUGCCACCAUUCGGUCAGUGUGUAGCUAUUUACAGGAUGCACAGUCUUCCUGGAAGUCUCUUAAUUUUCUACUAACAGGGGAGUCUGUGAAAUAACUGCUCUGCAUGUGACCCAUUUGUCUUAUUGAACCUGUGCUGAUUUACAGUCUGGAGACUUGCUCUGUAAUGACCUCUUUGCAUGAAUGCAGCUUUAUUUAUAACACACCCUUUACACUGGAGAAUAAGGUGGUUUUGUUUUGAUUUUGGUAGAUAAGUUUGUGCCGUGGAAGUCAGAGAGACGAGGUGCCGUGACCAGACGCCAACAAGCCGAAAUUGCACGCAUGGAAUUGGGCCAUAUAUGGAGGAUCGGCUUGUGUAAUCUUCAAGUUAGCUUGUAUAACAGUGGUGCUCGUCCUUCUAAUUUAUCAUAUUCACAGCCAAAGGGUGUGAUAUAAAUAUACUGUAUUUAUCUAACGUAUUACAGACAUAUUACAUGUAAUAUUUGUAUUUUUCCUUUUUAUAGAGAUGCUUGUCCUUAAUUUAUGCAAUUUUAUUUGUACAAAUGUUCAACUAUAGGAAAGCCUUUUUAAAUAUCUAAAUAUAUGUAUUAAUACACUAAUAUUUUACCCAACCAAAAUGCAUUUUACAAAGACAAUGCAAAAAAAUAUUGUGAACGAAUAAAAUUUAUGCAAUCGA